UGGGGGGGGCGCUGCCCCUGCCAUGGAGCUGCGCCUCAAGCAGCCCAGUGAGGUGGAACUGGAGGAGUACUACCCUGCCUUCCUGGACAUGGUGCGCAGCCUGCUGGAGGGGAGCAUCGACCCCACUCAGUAUGAGGACACGCUCCGCGAGAUGUUCACCAUCCAUGCCUACAUCGGCUUCACCAUGGACAAGCUGGUGCAAAACAUUGCUCGUCAGCUUCACCACCUGGUGAGCGACGACGUGUGUCUGAAGGUGGUGGAGCUGUACCUGAACGAGCAGCAGCGAGGUGCAGCUGGCGGGAACCUGUCCUCCCGCUGUGUCCGUGCUGCACGGGAGACCAGCUACCAGUGGAAGGCGGAGCGUUGCAUGGCCGAUGAGAACUGCUUCAAGGUAAUGUUCCUGCAGCGCAGAGGACAGGUGAUCAUGACCAUAGAGCUCUUGGACACUGAGGAGGCGCAGGCGGAGGACCCCGUGGAGGUGCAGCACCUGGCUCGCUAUGUGGAGCAGUACGUGGGGACUGAGGGUGCGUCCAGCUCGCCUACCGGGGGCUUCCUGCUGAAGCCUGUGUUCCUGCAGAGGAACCUGAAGAAAUUCCGGCGCUGGCAGUGUGAGCAGGUGCGUGCCCUGCGUGGGGAGGCCAAGAGCUCGUGGAAGCGGCUCAUGGGCGUGGAGAGCGCUUGCGAUGUGGACUGCCGCUUCCGCCUGGGCACACACAAGAUGGUGUUCAUCGUCAACUCCGAGGACUACAUGUACCGCCGCGGGACGCUGUGCCGUGCCAAGCAGUUGCAGCCCCUGGUGCUGUUGCGCCACCACCGUCACUUCGAGGAGUGGCACAGCCGCUGGCUGGAAGACAAUGUGACUGUGGCUGCUGCCGGGCUGGUGCAGGACUGGCUGAUGGGGGAAGAGGAGGAGGACAUGGUACCCUGCAAGACGCUCUGUGAGACUGCACACGUGCACGGCCUGCCCGUGACACGCUACCGCGUGCAGUACAGCCGUCGCCCUGCCUCGCCGUGAGCAUCUGGAAGAGGUCCCAGCACGUGCCCGUGCCCACCCCGACCCCACGUGUCAUGCCCAACAGGGCCUUUGUUGCUUUGAGCCCGAGGUCAUGCCUUGACCUCAAGCAAGAGCUGUAGCCAGCCCUUGCAGUGCAGACCAGACCACGGGCAACGGCAGGGGCCGUCCCCACGAGGGCAGCCCCUCCGCACAGUUCUAGAUGCGUAUGCACAGUAUUUAUUCCUUCCUGCGCUCCUAGUGGUCGUGACUUUCGCAGCAGCAGCUCCCCUGGCUUCCCACGGGUGAGACCUCCCUGUGGACCCGAGAACCACCCGCUGUUCCCGCAGCUGUCCUCCGCAGUGCCAAACGCAAGGUUCCAGAGAGCACUUGCUCUCCAAGUUUCCUGAGCCGUUCUUUUGACCCCGGGCCUGGGCACUGGGGAGCAGGUGUGCCUACCCAGGCCCGACUGCGUGCCUCACAAGGGAUCAUGGCACCUUGAGCACAUCCUAGUUUCCUGAGAAGGAUGUUGCUCGUGGGAACCCCGAGCCUCCCAGGACUCUCUGGGCCUCCAUUCCCCAGUAAGGAGGUUGGGCACCUUCGCAUGCUUCUGGGAGCCACUCCUUAAAUGUUUUUGAGGGAUUUCUGUUCCAGCCUUGACCUCCCUUCGCAGCUGUUUUGAAUGUAGUUUUCUUUUUCUAUUUAUUUGCACAUUAAAGUUAAAUAUUGAUGCCAA